AUGUUCGAUCAAGAUCCACCCUUCUUGAAGAUCUUUGCGGGGGUUGGCAAGGUGACUGUGGUCACGAAGGAGGCACCCAAAGAUGAAGCAGUGAUCUUGCACCUGAGCAUUACCGAGAAGACAGACCAGCAGCAGAUCUUUACUUGCCAAGUCUUCACGGAGCAGGGUGCCCUCCUCUGGCGCUUGGAGGAUGUGAUCUUCCGCAAGGUUUUGCCUGAACAAAUCCAGAAAGCUUUGGCCGCCACCAAGGCGAAGGACGCAGUGAGCUACUUUGAGACGUCCUGGAAAGCCUUCGGCGAGCUGGGUGAUGCGGGUGAGGAACAUGGCUUGCUGCCGCUGACGGCAGAGGGCAAAUGGCUCUUCCAGGGGGAGGAUGCCCUCCUGAAGGCCUUGAAGUCUGACCUGGGAGACCAUCAUGGCUUUGUAUCACCAGGCAAAGAGGAGGACCUCAGCGGCUUCGAUCGGGUGAUCUACAUGCCAAGCAAGGAGACUCCCAUGGAGGCCCUUUGUCAGGGCUUGAAGUUGAUUCAGAAGGCUCAGCGUGCAGAUCCGGCACCAGAAGUCUGGUUUGUGCUUCGCGGCACUCAGGCCGUGCGGGCGGAGGAGUUGAAAGGCCAAGCAGUGCCGCUCUUUGCUGGACUUUGGGGCUUGGCCCGUUGCCUUCGCUUGGAGGUCCCAAAUGCCGUGUGUGGCUGCGUGGAUCUGGGACCUUUGCCAAAAGAUGUGAAAGCAACAGAGCUGUUGAAGAGGCUCCAGUCGCUGGAGACCCGGCGACAGGGCAAAGAUGGCCUGGAAGUGGAGCCGGAAGUGCUCAUUGGUGACGGACUGCUGGUCUCACGCUUGGAGGAGACCACUCCCAAGUUUCAAGAGAUCGACUUGGAGAAUUACCGCUUGGAGGAUGGGAGCUACGGUCUCACUGGCGGUACUGGUGGCCUGGGCUUGCUCUUCGGCGCCUUCUUCGCUGAGAAGGGAGCCACACAUCUGGGGCUCAUCUCAAGAAGCGGCAAAGUGGCGCAGGAUCCGGCCUCUCAGAGCACUUACCAGCGUCUCCUGGAUACCAAAGCGCAGAUCUCCUUGAAGGCCUGCGAUAGCGCGCAGGCUGAGGCGGUGACUGCUUGCUUGAAGGAGCUGAACGCUGAGAAACCACUCAAGGGCCUUCUGCACGCCGCUGGCGUGCUGGAUGAUCACCUCAUCAUGGACUUAGAAGCUCAACACUUCACUCCGGUACUGAAUCCCAAAAUUGAUGGCACUCUGAACCUUCACAACGCGCUGAAGAAGCUGGGAUUGGAAGGAGAUGGCAAGGUGAACAUGUUUGCACUCUUCUCCUCGGUUGCAGCCAUGCUGGGCUCGCCUGGACAGGCCAACUACUGCUCUGCCAACACCUUCCUGGAUGCCUUUGCCCUCCACCGCCGCGGGCAAGGCCUGCCAGCUGUAUCAGUGCAGUGGGGCCCCUGGGCAGAAGUGGGUAUGGCCGCACGUGCGGGCACCACUGAGAGUGGCGGCUACUUGCGCCUGGAUCCGGCCGCCAGCUUGCAGGCGAUGGCUGCGAUCCUCUCGUUGCCGGUCAGCUUGGUGGGCGUGGCGCGCCUCAACUGGUCUGCUUUCCUGGCAGCGCAGCCAAAGGUGCCGCCCUUCUUGGAGAAUUUCCAGCAUCACAAGAAGUCCUCAGGCGUUAAGAUGAGUGGCGGUGUGCCCAAGGAUUUGGUCAACUCCACCAUCAUCAAUGUCUUGUGCGAUGUCUUAGGUGAUGCGGAUUUGUCCGACUUCUCAGUACCUUUGAUGGACAUGGGCUUGGACUCUCUCUCUGCUGUGGAGUUCCGGAACCGCGUGCAGGCCUCUUUUGAUGGGCUUCAUUUGGCGUCCACUGUCAUGUUCGACUACCCCACCGUGGCCGACCUCACCGACUACAUCGUGGCCCAGUUCAGCGAGGGCGAUGAAGAAGCGGACGCGGCGUUGGGUGGCGUGAAAGACCUGGAUGCCAAUGAGCCGUUGGCGGUGAUCGGCAUGGCUGCACGCUUCCCCGGAUGCCAUGGGAAUGGAUCCAACGAGUAUUGGGCCAUGAUCUGCGCGGGCAUGGACAUGAUCACUCCUGUGCCAAUUGAAAGAUGGGACAAUGAACUCUAUUACGACCCCGACACCUCAGCGCCCGGGAAAAUGUAUGCGCGCUUUGGCGGCUUCAUCUAUGGUUUAGAGGGCUUCGACAACAAGAUGUUCGGCAUCGCUGAAGCCGAAGCCCAGGCCAUGGACCCACACCAGCGGAUCCUGCUUGAAGCGGCAUAUGAGUCUUUCUGGAAUGGUGGCUUAGACAAGGAGCAGCUUUCCAAUUCCAACACCGGAUGCUAUGUCGGCUGUGCCACGCUGGGCGGGAUCUCUGUGCAGGACAUUGACAUUGGUCCCUUCACGAACAUCGGCUCCUUCCCAUCUGGGAAUUCGGGCCGCGUGUCGCACGCGCUUGGGCUGCGGGGGCCAUGCUUCACAAUCGACACUGCUUGCUCGUCUACCCUGGUGGCCUUGGACUGCGCUGCGCAAGGGAAGCGCUUGGGGAAGUGCGAUCGGAGCGCGGUCGCUGGCAGCAAUUUGCAGUUGUGCCCCAAUACGUGGGUGGGCUUCUGCAAGAUGGGCCUGGCUUUGUCGCCGGAUGGACGCUGUAAGACCUUCGAUGAGUCUGCGAACGGCUUUACCCGUGCAGAUGGCGCUGGCUCCAUCAUUUUGGAGCUGCAGACCGCUGCCGAGAAGAAUGGCAAGCAAGAGCUGGCCAUGGGCCUGGGCGUUUGCGUGAACCAGGACGGCCGUUCAGCCACCAUCACUGCGCCAAGUGGCCCUGCACAGCAGCGCUGUAUCAAUGCGGCCCUGCAGGAGGCCUCGGCGAAGGGCCUGGAGGUUUCGAUGGUUGAAGUGCACGGCACCGGUACCGCACUGGGCGAUCCCAUCGAGGUGGGCGGCAUGAAGAGCACCUUGGGCAAGCAACGGCUGGACGACAAUCCCUUGAUCCUGGCAGCCACCAAGUCUAUCAUCGGCCACACAGAGGGCUCUGCUGGUGUGGCAGGCCUCAUCAAGAUGAUUGCAGAGUUCAAUUAUAGGAUUGUGCCAAAGAACCUUCACUUGAAGAAGAUGAAUCCCAACAUCGACCUCACCGAUUUCCCAGUCAUCAUGCCCAGCAGCAUCAUCGAUUGGAAGGUCACCAGGGCCAUGGCCGGCACCUCCUCCUUUGGCUUCUCAGGUACCAACAGUCACGGCCGCCCGGCAGAGCUCAGAUAA